AUGUCAAUUAUUUCAAAUUUACCAAAUUCAAUACUAGAAUCAGCUAUAAGUUCAACUUCAACUUCUUAUAAAACAUCUCCUUUAUCUUCAGAAGAUAAUAAUUUUCAACAAAUUUCAAAUUUUAAUAAUAAUAAUAAUACAAAUCAAAAGAUGCAAUCUCAACAAAAGCAUCAACAAAAUAAUAUCAAUACACCAACUAACAACCAUACAUUCAAUGAUACUACUAAAACUCCUACCAAUACUAACUCCAAAAAUUUCCUAACAAAUUCAAAUCAAGAUCAACCACCAUCUAUAUAUGAUUUAAUAUCAGAUAAUGAUAAUGCAUCAAUGGAUAUUUUUAAAAUGUAUCAACAUAAAAGUUAUCUACCUCAUAAUGAAAGAAUUUCAAAUAUUGCAUGGAGAAUUCAAAAUAAAAAAAUUUUAACUAAUAAAAAUAAUAAUAUUACUAACACCAGGAUAUCAAUACAAAAUUCAAGAAAUAGAUCUUUAUCAAAUGGAGGAAUUAAUAAACCUCAAUCAACACAAUCUAAUAAACCAUCUCCACCUUUUAAAUCAAAAUUUAAUACACCUUCCAAUAAUCAAAUUUCAUCAUCAUCAAUAGAUAAUAACCAAAAUACUUCAUUAACUGAUCCAAAUUUAGAUGAUUUUGAUUAUGUUGCACAUAUAAGAAGAAUAAGUCAAGAAGAAUAUAAACAAGAUUUAAAUGAUUCAAAAAUGAAUAAUACUACACCAAAUGAUAAUUCAAAUUUAUUAUCAUCAUAUAUAAAUAAUUUAGAAUCAAAUUUUAAACAUCCACAAUUUAAAUCAAAUUUAAAUUAUAAUAAUCAAUCAACUACAUCAGUUUCAACAAUGAAUAAAAAGCCAUCAACAACAACUAAUAUAUCAUCAUCAUCAACAAACAAUUCAAAUAGCUCUGUCAAAAAAAUCUUACAAUGUACAAAUUGUGAAACUAAAACUACUCCAUUAUGGAGAAAAUCAAAUAAUGGGGAUUUAUUAUGUAAUGCAUGUGGAUUAUUCUUUAAAUUACAUGGAGUUUUAAGACCUUUAAAUCAUAAUAAUAAUCACAACAAUAACAACAACAACAAUAAUUUAAAAAAGAAAAUUAAAAAUGAUAAAAUGAUUGGUAAUUCAAAUAUAAAUUUAUUAUCUAGUGAUUUUAAUAAUAAUAGCAGUAAAUCAUCACCACAACAUCGUCAACAAAGUCAAUCACCUAUGAAUCAUCAACAAUUUAAUUCACCUCAUCAACCUCAUUCACAACACUUUCCACAUCCUCAACAACCUCAUCAUCAACAACAACAAUCACAACCACAACCGCAACAACAAAUUCAUCUACAACAACAAGAAUCACAAAAUCAAGAUGAAAUAGAUAAAUUAUUAAAUUUAAAUCUAUUUCAAUCAGAUUUUUCAAAUGGUAAUAACUUAAAUAAUAGUGAAAUUUUAUUUCAAGAUAAUUUUUUAUCAAUUGAAAAUAAUUCAACUAAUCCAGAGCAUAAUUUUCCUCAACAAUUGUUUAAUCAUCAUCAACCACCGCAUCAGAAUAUGAAUCAACAAAUGAAUCAACAACAUCAACAUCAUGAUGAAAUGGAUUUAUUAGAUCCUAAUGGAUUACCUCCAUCAAAUGCUAUAGUUAGUGAUCAAAAUCAUAAUCAUCAAAUAUUGAAUGGUCAUGGUGGUGAUAAUAAUAAUAAUAGUAAUUCAGAUAAUUGGAAUUGGUUACAAUUUUAA